AUGCUUCACUUGAAGGAAGGGCGUAUGCUUUGUGCCCUUGUUUGUAUUUGGUUUUCUGCAUAUUGCCUGACGUUCUAUAACUAUCUUCAGGAGGAUCUUUGGCUGUCGGCUUUUCCUAUAGGGACAGAGUGGGAAAAUAUUGAUAAGAUUAAGGAGUUCAACUGGAACUUUGAAAAUUUAGAGAAAGCUCUAGAAGAAGGGGGGGAAGCUGUAUGGGAAUACGGUCUAUGUAUUUGGCAGCACUGA